GGAGCAGAGGGCACGAGCUGGGGAAGGGCCCGAGAGGCAGGUGGAGACCUGGGAGAGCGAGGGGGGCUGCAGCGUGGCCGGGAGACGGGACUCCAGGCCAGAAAGGGUGCGGACGCCUGCGGGAGAGGCGCCUGAGCUCCGGUCCGGGGCGGAGCGGGAACGGGGGGGGGUAGUUUAAAAGGGGUCGAGACACUUAAAGGAACAAGUGCCCCAAGGAGAGGAGGCAUUUGAAGGUGCAGAUGGCCGAGCUCUAGCCGACUAGAGGAGCCGAGCUCGACACGCAGAAGACAUAUUCAAAGGGGUAGGUGCUUGGGAGAGCAGGACAUUUAAGGGAGACUAGAGCCAAGCUUAGAAGACGUGAAGAGGACAGGGCUAGGGUUUCAGAACACGUUUCUUACAGGCGGGGAUAAAGGAGUCCUGUCAAGGGCCUGGCGAGGUCUUCCUCUAAGGACGAACGUGCACUCCUGCUCUCCCCCAUUGUCCUCUCUGGCUCCUCCAGGUUCCCUUGACCCCAGACCCCCCUGUUUUCAGGCUAUGGCCCCCAGUGCCCUGUAGACCUGGCGCGAUUCCCGUGCUUUCGACCCCUAUUUGGGGCCCUGGGUGGCUCCUGGAGGGCCUUGCAGAGGGGCAGAGAAAGCAGGACCAUGGCAUCUAGGGCCUUUGAACCUCCCCCAGGGCGCAGCGUGACGGCGGGCAUCAUCAUUGUUGGAGAUGAGAUCCUCAAGGGACACACUCAGGACACCAACACCUACUUUCUGUGCCGGACACUGCGCUCCCUGGGGGUCCAAGUGUGCCGAGUCUCUGUUGUGCCCGAUGAGGUUGCCACCAUUGCAGCUGAGGUCACUACUUUCUCCAGCCGCUUCACCCACGUCCUCACGGCAGGGGGCAUCGGCCCCACUCACGACGACGUGACCUUCGAGGCAGUAGCACAGGCCUUUGGGGAGGAGCUCAAGCCACACCCUGAGCUGGAAGCCGCCGUCAAGGCCCUCGGAGGGAAGGGCUGGGAGAAGCUGUCUCUCGUGCCCUCCUCCGCCCGCCUGCACUACGGCACAGAUCCUCGGACAGGCCGGCCCUUCAAAUUCCCGCUGGUCUCCGUCCGAAACGUCUACCUCUUCCCAGGCAUUCCAGAGCUGCUGCGGAGGGUGCUGGAGGGGCUGAAGGGGCUGUUCCAAAACACAGCUGUGCAGUUCCACCUGCGGGAGCUCUAUGUGGCCGCCGACGAGGCCUCUAUCGCCCCCAUCCUGGCCGAGGCCCAGGCCCACUUCGGGCGCAGGCUCGGCCUGGGCUCCUAUCCUGACUGGGGCAGCAACUACUAUCAGGUGAAGCUGACGCUGGACGCAGAGGAGGAAGGGCCCCUGGAGGAAUGCCUGGCCUACCUGACCGCCCGUCUGCCCCCGGGGUCGCUGGUCCCCUAUGUGCCCGAUGCCGUGCAGCAGGCCAGUGAGGCCGUGUACAAACUUGCGGAAUCAGGGUCUUCUCUGGGGGAGAAGGUGGCAGGCGCCCUGCAGACCAUCGAGACUGCGCUAGCUCGGUACGACCUUGCCCGCCUCUGCGUGGGCUUCAACGGAGGCAAGGACUGCACCGCACUCCUGCACCUCUUCCACGCGGCUGUGCAGCGGAAAUGCCCUGGUGCUCAGGAACCCCUCCAGAUCCUGUAUGUCCGCAGCGUCUCCCCUUUCCCGGAGCUGGAGCAGUUCCUACAAGACACCAUCAAGAGCCCUCUCCCUUCCAGGUACAACCUGCAGGUCUUGGAGGCCGAGGGCGACAUGAAGCAGGCCCUGAGCGAGCUGCAGACACGGCACCCCCAGCUGGAGGCUGUCCUGAUGGGCACCCGCCGCACGGACCCCUACUCCCGCAGCCUGUGCCCUUUCAGCCCCACCGACCCUGGCUGGCCGGCCUUCAUGCGCGUCAGCCCGCUGCUGGUAACGGGGCAGAGGCUGUGGGGCCUCCAGUCCCAAGCCCUGUCCAUCGUGCACCCUGGCUUCCCCACGACUGGACCUACAGAGACAUCUGGGACUUCCUGCGCCAGCUGUUUGUCCCUUACUGUAUCCUGUACGACCGAGGCUACACCUCACUGGGUGGCCGGGAGAACACGGUGCGGAACCCGGCCCUGAAGUACCUGACCCCGGGAGGACAGCCCACCUACCACCCAGCCUACCUCCUGGAGAACGAGGACGAGGAGCGGAACUCCCGUAUGUGACCUCGCAGGCCUGCCCCCUGCAGGAGCGGGGAAGGAGGCUGUCCUGGGGUGUUGCCGGUCAAUAAACUGUACCUCUCGG